UGGAAAUACACGCUCGACAGUUUGUUACACCAGUGGCACAGAGCAGGAAGCCAGAGGACACAAGGUCUUUUAAAUCUCCUACUCCUACACCACGUUGUAUUUCCUCCCUGGAUCAGACUCUUAACACCUGCUUAACCAAUAGACAAAGCAAAGGAGGCUCACGGCAUUGAAGGGGUCUGGUCUCCAGCCUCCUCCUCUGAUCAUCUGGUGCGGUCCAGCUGAUCUUUCAAUCAAUGGAAAUCCUGUAGGAGGGAAUACAUCUCAGGGACUCUCUGAGGAGGAUCUGGACUUUGACACCAACGCCUCUCUUAAUAUAGAGUUGAUUUUCUUUCCUCAUAGGGUUUAUCUGCCAAAAAAGGAAAGAGAAAGGAAGUCAAUAAAAAAAAAACCAUGUAAUUUAGUGAGAUGUAAUAGCACAUUUUAGAGGGCAGUGCCGAUGCCGGGUUCCCCCUCUGUAACUCUGCUCUCAGGGAGGAGAAGGGGUUGGGAGGAGGGAAAUAGCAGAAGAACUCAGUGAGUGAAUGAAGAAAGCUCGGAGCAAGACAUAAACAAUUAUGUGGAUGCUGCUCUGUGGAUAAAUACACUUCAGACAAACUCAUGGAUCUAGCUGUUGUCUGGACUCUGUAAGAGUAGAGUAAUGGUAAGAGCUGCAUGCCUGUCAGUGAAGUAAGUAAACUGUUGACUGUGUUUGCUGCACUGUUAUGUUUGUAACUUGUGUUCUGCCUGUUUUUUAUAUCAUCCUUCAUAAAAAUAACACUCUAUUUAAUUUUAUUCAUCAUGUUAAAUGUCAAUUUUGUCAGUGUUCGCUCUGAGCAGAAAUCAUUUCUCUUUAAAAGCAGCAGCCCAGACCGUGUGGCUGGCGGUGUCUAUUUUCAGAAGCUCAUGGCAACUCUGAAGGGCAUAACUGCCCCCAUAAUCACAGGUUACAGUGCAAGGCCCUGCAUUUGCAAGCACUAAAACUAUUCUCUGGCCUGGGUGUGUACGUUCAAUCACUGAGGCUUGUGGGAGCGGGAGUAUAUGUGUGCACGUGUGUGUGUGUGUGUGUGUGUGAGUCAGACAGCCAGAGAGACAUUACCCUGCCCACUGUCCUGUCCUGUGUCUGACUGCGUGGCUCAAAGAGGGCCAGUGUUGACAGCCAGUGGGCUGACGGCAGAGGCGUGAGGGGUCCAGUGUCAACGGUGAACAGAGGGGACGGUCUGUUCUCCGUGCCACUGGGUCCUCUGAGACCCACACACUGGACGUGAUUGUCAGACAUGUGUGGUUUCAUGCGGCGGCUUCGUCCGCAGUGACAUCAGACGCGGAUAGAACGCCCUGUUGUCUCAGCCGGGGCUAAAGUGGGAGCACAGCAGCUGUGGAUGGUUUUUGGCAAAUUCUUCUUUGUUUUUUCAAGAAUUUGACUUGAACGGUGAUGUCAGCAUGGAGCGACAAAGAGCCCAGGCAUUUGCCUUUGAUGCAACAGUCAUGUGUUGAUGUGCAAAUGGGCUGAUGUGGUCAUUUCCUGACCUACAGAAAGGUGUGAAAUCAAAGGAAAAAGCAGAAUAAAUGAGAAACAGAUUAUUGAACGGUUUGAGGAGUAUGAACGCAAUGUGAACCAUAUACUAUUACCUUAUAGUUAACCCAGUGGAAACGAUUUUCAACACAGUCAGACACCUUACUCCACCACCGCCAUCAAAGCACCAAAUACAGGAAUAUCUUUCGGAAAGAUGGCAUUCGUUCCUCCAGUAGAGUUUCAGAAACUUCAGUUUCAGACAGAUCAUUAAAGUAAAGAGAUCUCCUUUGAAAUUUCAACAGUCAAACACGACAGCAAUUUAGGUUUGGUCAUGGUAGACACAACAAACACUCGAUAGUAGGUAGUUGUGUCUAUUUCAGUUUGGCUUGGAAUGCUGAGCUGAUACUAAAUUGUUGCCAGGACAAGCAACCCAUGUGGGCGAUAGCGAGAGACGCGGAUACCAGCUUUUAGUAGAAAAACAUGGAUCUUCAUGUGUCAGAUAAUUCUGACAGUCCAGACGAGAUGGAGCGCGUGAGCAGGAAUAAAGUGGAACAUGGGAGACAGACACAUCAGGUCUUACAGAGCACACCUUUAGACCUGAUUGAGACAGGCAAGUCCCUGAAAGUCCAGGCAGAGCGCCCCCACCUGGUUAGUUUGGGGAGUGGACGCUUGAGCACCGCCAUCACCUUGCUACCUCUGCUGGAAGGGAGAACCACGCUGGGCAGUGGGGCGACAGACAUCCCUCUGCAGGGCCACGGCAUCGCAGCUCAGCACUGCUACAUUGAAAACCGAGCAGACAGCAUCACCUUGUACCCAUGUGGAAACCAGUGCUCUGUAGAUGGCCUUCCCAUCACCAAACCCUUUCGCCUGACACAAGGGUGCAUGCUGUGCUUUGGUCAGUCUGUCUUUUUCCGCUUCAACCAUCCAGAGGAGGCCCUGAGGAUGAAGAGCAUGCUGCCUGGAGGGAGCCAAGGACUGAGCGCCACAAGAGCUCACCCUACAGACUCUCAAAGUGUCCUGAACGGGAACCAUCGAUCGUUUUCAAGCAACGGCGACUCCAAAAUCAGCAACAUAGCAAAGAACCUCCAGGACUCUUUGGUGCUGAAGGCUGGAUCUGGUAAACAGCCUAUUCCUCAGCCAUUUCCUCCGAACAUGCUCAUUGGGAGAAACGGCUCCAUGACCGAGGACUCCAUUUAUGAAAACAGCAGCAGCUUUCUGGGCCAGAACCUCGGCAACAAAACCCCUCCAGUACCAGCGCGGUCUGCACAUACCAACCACACUCCUGUCCCCCAUCCACGGACCUCACUCUCUGUGGCUUCAAGCGGUACUAGUGGUGUUCAGUGGACCCAGGAGAGCCCAAAGCUUCUUAGAAGCACAAGAGCAGAGGCCACGUCAAGCCCCACACCGCCUAACGGGGGUUCAGGACAGGGCCCAGUCAAAUUUUCCCCAACGGCUCCAUCCAGCCCUCGAGUAAGAGGUUCUUCCCUACAGAAGAGAUCCCCAAGUCCUAUGCGAGACCAGCACCUCUCUCAUGUUGAAGUCCCUCAAAGGCUCAGGACUCCAGAGCCGAUCGGUUCCACUAGCCUGAGAGAGCUUCCUCCUCUCAGCCCUUACAUGUCCAGCAGAGCGACUCCAGGAUCGCAGGGCUCGGCUUCCUCCCUCGCCUCACAGGGCUUCACCGUUAAACCCGUUCCAGAGGGACCCCAGGGCCACCUCAAACUCACAACUACUUCAAAAGAAGAAGCCAUGAGGGCAAUGUAUGCCCAGGGUCCAUCAUCAUUCUCUGGGCUGGAGAAGGAGUCUGGAGGCAGGCAGUUAAGGUCUGGCCCGGGAAGUGCCAUCAUGUCAGGCCUGGGUUCUCUGUCUGGUUUAUCUCCUCUUGCUAGCCCUCGUAGCAAAAAAAAGACCUCCUGCAUGAACAUGACAGGAUCCUCGAGCAAAGAACAGAGUCUUGUGAAACCCUAUACCCGCGAACGCAAAAACAGCAUCUCUGAGAUCAGUGACAAUGCGGACGAGUUGCUGGAAUACCACCGCUGGCAGAGAGAGGAGAGGCUGCGUGAGCAGGAAAUGGAGAAACUGGAGCGACAGAGGCUGGAGACCAUCCUCCAUCUGUGUGCGGAUUAUAAUCACGAGGACAGUGCUGCGGAGCUGGCUGAGGUGGUGAGAAGCGGGCUGCUGGGGGGCGCCAGAGCAACCUGCUCGGACACAGCGGGGGGGAUGUCCCUUCAGGGAGUAGACAGACCCCAGAGGCUGCGAGAGAACGAUGAGGAAACCCAGAGAGAGGAGUCCAGCAGCACAGAGAGCACACACCAAGAGUGUGAAGAGCUGUUAGCCGGUCAGGAGCAGGUCUACAUGGAGGAGGAGAGGAGCAGGAUCUUGGCCAGGGUUGAUGACUUGAAGCACAGAGUCAGUGAACUGGAGCUGCAGCUACAAGAGACCAAACAGGAGGUGGAGAUGGAGCAGGCCCUGCUGCAGGCAGAGAGGCGGGCCGAGCAGGAGCAGGUGGAGGCUGAAAAUGAAAUCAUCUCUCAGCUGCAGCUCAAACUCAGCCAGCUGGACAAGGCCACCCAGAGAGAGAAGGACAAGGGGAGGGCUAAUGUUUCGGCUGAGCGGAAGGCCCUGGAAAAGCAGAGGAAUGAGUACAAUGAGCUGAAGAGGCAGUUUGAUAAGUGCCCCUUGUCUCUAAGGGAACAGUUACAGGAGCAGCUCAGCAGGACAGCUGAAGCUCUGGAGUCUGGGACCAAGCAGUUUGAGGAGCUGGAGUUCUGCCAGCUGGAGGAGGAGAGCAGCCUGGAGGAGAAGAAGGAGACUCAAAGCUCGCAGCUUCACCAAGAGCAAGCCGAGUACCACUGCAGUGUGGCCAAGAGGAAGGAGAAGGUGACCGCUAUGGAAGCACAGGUGAAGCAGCUGGGGUUACAGGCGGCUUAUGACUGUGAGAGGAUGGCUCAGGACAGGACGGUGGCUCUGCAGCUGCUACACAAGGAGCAAGACAGGUUGUGUGCCCUGGAGACGAGGUACCACACCGUGACAGGAGGGAGAAACUUCCCAAAGCCCAACAGCAGCAUGAAAGAGGAAUUUCUACACAUCAGCGAACCUGACCUUGUUCAUGUGGACGGUCCUCCUCAUAGCCCCUGUCCCUCCUCUGCCUCCUUCUCCUCCUCUCACAUGCCCUCCCCUGAACUUUAUCCUGUUAGGCUACAAGAGGAGUACCUCAGGCUCGCUGAUGUCUAUAGGAUGUAUGGAAAUGCUGCUAUGCAACCUCACUCUUCCUCUCCUGCUGCUCUCCACUGCCUCUCCUUCGCUGUAGGUCCGGCUCUGCCAUGUGAGGAGUACAUCACAGUCAGUCAGUUAAGCCAGAUCUUCGGGAUGCAGAGAGUUGACCCUUCCUCUUCUUCCUCUAUCCCAUCAUUCCAACUCGCCUCCUCUGAAUCCACCUUCUCGUGCCACUCAGCUGCAUGUGGUCCUUCCUCCUUUCUCUCUGCGCAGAGCCAGCCUGAGCUGAGCAGGAAUGCAAUGCCUCCUAUUAACCUCGAGCGCUGGUACCAGGACAUCAUGGCCGCUGGAGAGCCUCAGUCAUUUCCACCACCACUGCCUGCAAAGUCUUUUUCCACACGCAGACACAGUCAGCUAUUGAAGUCCAAAUCAGACGGUGAGGUUGCGCAGGCAGCAUCAUGCACACUGCCCCACCCCAGUGGUGCUGCUCAUGAGAAAAAUGCAUCCACCAAGGGGUUACAGUCAAUGCUGAGAGAGAUGUCACAGCCAUUAGACAUGGACUCCAGGAGAAAGUUGGCUCUGCAGAGCAAAGAUCUGCCUCCGACAGUCCAUCACUCCAUCCUGCAUCAUCAGGCGCCGCCGAGUGGCAGCCAAGCGUACGACACCCUGAGCCUGGAGAGCUCAGACAGCAUGGAGACCAGCGUCUCCACUGGCAACUCCGCCUGUACCCCCGAAAGUGCCUCCGGGUUAGAGGCCCAGAGGAUAGAGGAGAUGGAGAAGAUGUUGAAGGAGGCGCAGCAGGAGAAAGCCAGACUGAUGGAGAACCGAGAGAGGGAGGUGCAGUCUCGGCGGCAGAUGUUGGAGGAGGAGCGGAGGAGGCGAGAGGAGGCCGAGAGGAGGCUUCAGGACGAGACGGCCCACAGGCUGAGGCUGGUGGAGGAGGAGGUGAAGAUGAGAGAGAAGCACUUCUCCCAGGCCCGUCCAAUGACGCGCUAUCUGCCGAACCGCAAGGAGGAGUUUGACCUGCGAGCCCACGUGGAGUCGUCCGGCCACAGCAUAGACACCUGCGCCUUCGUCAACCUCACAGAGAAGAUGUGCAAGGGCCACCUGGUGAAGAUGGGCGGCAAAAUCAAGUCGUGGAAGAAACGCUGGUUCGUUUUUGACCGCAUCAAGAGGAACUUCUGCUAUUACGCGGACAAGCAUGAGACCAAGCUGAAAGGACUCAUUUACUUUCAGGCGAUUGAAGAGGUUUAUUACGAUCACCUACGCAGUGCCACCAAGAGCCCAAACCCAUCUUUGACCUUCUGUGUGAAAACCCAUGACCGCCUCUACUACAUGGUGGCCCCGUCCCCGGAGGCCAUGAGGAUCUGGAUGGAUGUCAUAGUAACGGGCGCCGAGGGCUACACACAGUUCAUGAGCUGAGGGGACCACCGGGGGACAGAUCUGGAGGACGACAGGGACUAAGCGAGCACAACACGGACGCCUGCAAGCCAACCUGUGCUGCUAUACCUGCCGGAGCCGGAGCGGAAAUGCGAGACACGUGGCCCCCCGAUGGUGUGUAAACGGAUGGACGUUUGAAGAGAUUAACUAUCUGGGGCUCUCGUAGAAAGCCUGAGGCCUGCGGGCAAAUGAGGGCAUAGCAAUGACAGAGGUCCAUUUUACAGGAUUCAUAAGUUGUAUUUAUCUUUCAGCCACUAUGAGAAGGAAGAGAGUUUGAGCAACAUGCCAAUGGAUGUAUGAAGGGAGCUCUCAAAGUUACCAAAACGUAUUGUUGAUCUCAUUUUUGAGGUUUCAGGAGGAACACUUCUUACUUCAUAUAAGCUCAAACUGUGUUCACCUUGAAGCCGAUCUAUGCAUGCAGUGUUUUUACUCCAAUCGCUGCCUUUUUUGAUACAGUUGUACUUUUCUUUUGAGUUUAACUUUUCUCAGAUGAAGAAAAUAAUCUCUUGAUAUUUCAAAACACUAAAGAGUUAACAGAUCUUAGUCACAAAUAUUCUAAAAACAUUUUAAAAGUCAUAUGUUACUUAUUCAAUUAAACAUUACUUGGAGCCAAAUACUUUAUGUAAUGUUUUGUCAGAUUUUUACAACACAAAUGUUAAUAUCACUCUAUAUAUUGUAUUAUAUAUUGUUUUAUUCAGGCCUAUAACACGACAUUAAUGUGUCUGUAUUUCACAUAAAUAUGUCAAUGAAAACCUUCUAUAAGUAUUUUAACAAAUUUGAUAAAUUAUAGUCCUAUAAUGAUAUUGUAAAACUACCACGUACAUGUAAUAAAUAAAAAUAUACGAUG